AUGGUUUUCUAUUAUGCCUCAGUGUAUCAGCAAGUGAUUUUUCCAGUUUGGAUAUUUUCUCUGCAUUUUUACUGGGCUUUUGAACUGAGGCAGGGCUUUGAAUUGUUUGGAUUUUUAACUGGUUUUUCUGUUAAAUGCGGGCAGUGGUUUAACAAUUUCCCACACAUGCUCAACAUUACUAGGAAUGUCAGAAUCGGCUUGAAGAGCAAACCAUUUGUUCACGGCCAAGUAAUCGUUCUGUCAUUCGUCAUAAAAAUCAGCAAGAACAUCAUCACGAUUUUAACUAGAGUUCUGGACUAUGGAAGCCAAUGCCGAAAACUAUUCAGAUUUUUGCAGCACACUCGUAAUAUGGAGUUGUAUUGGUUUUGGUACAGGUUAAAUGCGAAUAUUUUGGCUUUUCGGCGAGGCAUGAUCUCAUGGCCAAAGGAUAGAUGA